GCCACUUUGAAACUUAUUUAAAUACCCACUUUCCCCUUUGGCUUUCACAAUAUUUCACCACUUUGUUAAUAAUACAAAGCAUUAAGCAUCUGAUCGACGCAGUAGUCACUAGUCAUGGCUGAUGAUCCGAAGUUGAGCAUGAAGCUCCUGAUAGACCACAAAGGCCGAAGGGUCCUGUUUGCCGAAGCAGGUAAAGAUGCCGUUGAUUUUCUAUUCAGCAGUCUGUCGUUGCCUCUUGGUGCUGUCGCAAGCCUUAAAAAUUGGAAAGACACGGUUUGGAGCAUUGGGAAUCUGUACCAGAGUGUUCAAGAUUUGAAGGAUCUGCAUAUGAUCCCCAACGAAAAGAUGGACUUUCUUGUGAACAAAGUAGUAGCCACAUACCCUACUACUGCAAAUUCUAAUUCGCCUCCACUGUUAUUGAGUACCGAUCAAUCUUCAUCAACCGAGAAAUCCUACUACAAGUGUGCGUACUUCGGUUACAGUAAUUGUCGUACAUAUGUGACUCUUGACCCCAAAUCCGUUUGUCCGUAUUGCUCGACGGCGAUGUCCUCUCCGCUGACCCUUGUUCGUCCGACCAAUGAAGGGUCGUCGUUGUCUUCAUCGUCGUCUUCUUAUUUUAAGAGUGGUUUUGUAAAGGAUAGUGUGACUUACAUGAUAAUGGAUGAUCUGGUGGUGAAGCCUAUGUCUACCAUUUCUAGCAUUACUUUGUUUAACAGGUUGAAUCUCAAAGAAGUUGAUGCGCUGGAAGAGAAGACGGUCAAUCUCACCAUUGAUAAGGGUUGGAAGUUGCUGAUGGCCGCGUUGCAGACUAAGAAAGUGCUAACAAAUGUUUUCUUUGAAGAAAAGAUGGUGGUUGAAGAGGAGAAAUCAUUGGAGUCAGUUGAGUGAUGUCAUUGUAAUUUGUGAACUUUACAUAGGCAAUGCAAGGUUGGGAAUUUAGUUAAUCUUCAGUUUUCUUGGCUGCAGUGAUGAGUAUGUAUUUGUUGGAAACUGUUUUGGAAUAUCUCAGUAAUGUUUUAGUUGUUGUUUUCUGGGUGGUCAAGUUAGGGGGUUUGAAUCCUUGUUCAGAUGUAACAUUUUGGGAUGAAUCUAGUGUGUGUUUUCUGUUUGAAUCCUUUUA